AUGGCAUCCCCCGAAGAAGCUGUGCUCUACCGCACCGAGGGCCGCAUCGCCAUCAUCACACUGAACCAACCGAAGAAACUCAACGCCAUGAACCAAGCCUACUACUACCGCAUCUCGUGUCUCCUCCGCGACAUCGCAGCGAACCCAGACAUCAGCAUCACCGUGCUCACUGGCACAGGCCGAUUCUUCUCCGCGGGCGCCGACGUGACGACCACCCGCCCUGGCGUCGGGGCUGACAUCAACGAACACCAGGCGCGGAACGACAUUCUGCGCAGUUUCGUGGCCAACAACUUGGACAUCACACGGUCGUUUUACACGCAUCCCAAGAUCCUGAUAGCGGCAUUGAACGGGCCGACGGUGGGCCUCUCCGCGGCGCUGCUGGGGUUCUGCGACUUCAUCUAUGCCACGCCACACACGUUCCUCCUGACGCCGUUCACCUCUCUGGGACUUGUCGCUGAAGGCGGCGCUUCGAUCGGCCUCGUCCAGCGCUUGGGACUGUCGAAAGCGAACGAGGCCUUGAUCAUGUCGCGCAAGAUCCCCUGUGACGAGCUGGUGGCUUGCGGGUUCGUGAACAAGGUGUUUUCCGGUAAAGAUCAGAAUGACAGCGAUGGCUUCCUGAAGCAGGUGUUGGCCGAGGUGGAUGAUAAGCUGGGCGACCAUUUGAAUCAGGAGAGUCUGAUCAAGAUCAAGGAGUUGAUUCGGAGGCCGUCGCUGGAGAGUCUGGAGGCUCAGGGCGUCAGGGAGGUCAUGGAGGGCAUGCAGCGCUUCAUCAAGGGCGCGCCGCAGGAAGAGUUCCGAAAGAUCGCCAGUGGUCAAAAGAAACAUAAAUUGUAA